AUGAAGUUUGUUGCCCUGGUAUCAGGUGGUAAGGAUUCCUGUUAUAAUGUACUUCAUUGCAUUAAAAACGGCCAUGAAUUAGUCGCAUUGGCUAAUUUACAUCCAGAAGAUACUAAUGAACAAGAGCUGGAUAGUUUUAUGUUCCAAACAGUUGGUCAUGACGUAGUAUCUUACUAUGACCAAUGUACGGGAUUACCUCUUUUUAGACAUUCUAUUAAACUACAAGGUUCAAAGAAUGUAAAUUUGAAUUAUGUCAAGACUGAGAAUGAUGAAAUUGAGGAUUUAUUAGAGUUACUGUUAGAAGUUAAAGACGCUAUACCUGAUUUAGAGGCUGUAAGUGUUGGUGCAAUUUUAUCAUCUUAUCAAAGAACUAGAGUUGAAGAUGUUUGUAGCAGAAUUGGCUUAACUGUGUUAAGUUACCUAUGGCAGAGAGAUCAAUUGGAAUUGAUGACUGAAAUGUGCCUGGCUUCAAAAACUAAAGAUGAUACAACUGCAAAUAUGGAUGCAAGACUAAUUAAAUUAGCAGCAAUUGGAUUAGAUGAGACACAUUUAUUCAAAUCUCUACCUGAAGCUUUUCCAACCUUGAAGAAGUUAAAUUCAAUGUACGAUGUUCAUAUAUGUGGUGAAGGUGGUGAAUUCGAAACAAUGGUCUUAGAUGCCCCAUUCUUUCAUAAGGGUUUGCUAGAGAUAAAAUCUAAGAAGAUUAAUUCUUCAGACCGUUCCUGUGGUGUGUACAAUGGAAGACUAGAAGUAUCAUUUAAGGAAAGACCACUAACCAAAGAAGAUUCGGAAACACUGAUAAAUUCUUUAAUAACCCCUCCUUACUUACCGGAUAUGUGGCAAGAAUUGAUAGAAGCUGUGACCAUAGAAGUUACAAACACUACCUCUUGUCCGAAGAAGGACUCUGUUAACAUUGUUGAACCUGUGAAAUUAAAUGUAAAGGCUUCUACUAACAUUUUAAAUGGAUUGCUUUACAUCUCUAACUUAUUUCCUCAAAAUAUCGAAGAAGACAUUGAGAGACAAGUUGAGAAUGUAUUUAACCAAUUAGAUAGUAUUCUAGGGGAGAAAACUUAUUCAAGGGCACAAGUAUUAAACUCAUCAUUAUACUUGUUCAACAUGUCCGAUUUCAGCAAAGUUAACAAAAUUUAUAAUAAUUACUUUGACAUUCAAAAAUUUGGUCCUUUACCACCUUCAAGAGCUUGUGUUGGUUCUAAAGAAUUGCCAGAAGGUUGUCUUUUACAAUUAUCGGUAAUAGUUGAUGCAAGUUGUGAUAUCACCACUUUACCAAAUGGGAUCAAGGUGAAUAAUAACAAAGAUGGUUUACAUGUUCAAGGGAGAUCAUACUGGGCUCCUUGUAAUAUAGGUCCAUACUCACAAGCUAUAUGGAAAAGUACAGAUAGAAAUAAAGUCAGUUACAUUAGUGGACAAAUAGCAUUGGAUCCAGCUUCAAUGGAAAUGAACUUUCACGAUCCUUUGCAUCAAAGUGUUCUAUCAUUGAAGCAUUUCGAUACAUUGAAGAAUACAAUUGAUGCUAAAAGAUCACUAUCCAUGACUUGCUUCAUAUCAGAAAAGUCCAUCGUCCCAGUUAUUACUAGUACUUGGUCAUUGUAUUGUUCAGAUAUGGCGUAUGAAUCUGAACUAUGGAUGUCAAAAGAAGAUGAUCCUAAAGGUUGUUUAAUUAUAGCCGAGGUAUCAGAAUUACCUAGAAAUGCUUUAUGCGAAUGGGGUGGUAUUUCAUGUAACACAGCUACAAUUGAAGAUGAUAUCGAUGAUAUCGAUGACAUCGAGACUGGCACUGAGUAUUUAUCAUUGAAAAAUGAAAUUUUAUCUGUUGCAACUUCACACACAAAAGUGAUCACAAAUGAACAUAGACGAACAUUUGUAACGAUAUUUUUAGAUUCAGACGAUGAAGUUAUUACUCUAUUAUCUUCCGGAGGUAUGAAAUGUCAAGCAUCCUUAUACUGUCAUCCAUCUUCUAUAUCUAGAAUAGCUUCAAGUCUACUGAAACUCAAUGGUGUCAAUCUAAACUUCGUGACUGCUGUAUACAAUUAUAAAGGCAAGGAACACAAAUUUGGCAUCCAUUUGAUUAUGUAA